AUCAGCAGCUCCCAAUCAGUGAAAGCAGUUUCAAACCAGGAAGUGGCAGGAGUUAAAAUGGCUUCUAAACAGCAGGUCGCGAGUUUAACAGAGGAGACACUUUGUCCCAUCUGCCUGGAUUUCUUCACCGAUCCGGUUAUCCUGGAGUGUGGGCACAACUUCUGCCGCUCCUGUAUCACACAGAGUUGGGACAGGGAGGAGAGAAACUCCUGCCCGGAAUGUAGAGAGCAGUUUACAGACCGCACCCUCAAAGUUAAUCGGGCCUUGGCGAGACUGUCUGAGAAAGCUCGAACACUGAGCCUGAAUACGGAAGAGAAGGAAAGUAAACAUCACUGCGACAAACAUCAGGAAGAACUGAAGUUGUUUUGUGAAACGGACAAGAAACUGAUCUGUGUGAUUUGUGCAGCUGGGCGGGAACACAAGUCUCACAGUUUCAUGCCGGUCGAUGAAGCUGUUGAAACCUACAAGGAUCAGGUUAAAUCAUCCAUACAAUCACUGACAACAAAUAAAUCAGCCAUCCAGGAAAUGGAAGAGCAACAGAAGCAGAACAUUUCCCAAGUCCGGGAGCAGUCACAAAGCCUCAAGUCUCACGUCACAUCUCAGUUUGCUGAACUGCACCAGAUUCUCGUGAAGAAAGAGCAGCGCAUUCUCGGAGAGAUCAAGGAGGAUGAGGAGAAGAUUCUAAGUCAAAUGGAGAAAAAUCUUCAAGCCAUUCAAGAGAAUUUAAACUCUAUUGAGGAGGAACUCUCAAAUCUGCAGGGGCGAAUGGAUCAAACAGACAUCGUGUUAUUUCUGAAGGUCAGGGGUUAUGUUUCAAUCUUGUUCAAUGAAACUGCAGUCACAACAUUGGCAGCGAUAUAUUUGCGAAAAUGCCACUUUUAUCAAUUCCUAUAUUUUUCCAACAUCCCUCAUACAAACCCGCUCUGCUAUCUCAUAAUUCAUACUAGAUGAAUUAGAACAUUCGGCCCAUUAAGUCUACUCUGCCAUU